AUGCACAGAGCGUGGCAGACUUGCACCUGCCUCCCCUGGAGCCCAGAGCAGCUCCGUGGAACCUCCGUUCUGCUGUGUCCUCCAGGGCUUAACAGAGAACAGAACCAUCCUGGGUGUGAGUCAUGCAUGGAAGUGGCAUUGGUGAAAGUGAAAGUCGCUCAGUCGUGUCCGACUCUUUGUGACCCAGGGACUAUACAGUCCAUGGAAUUCUUCAGACCAGAACACAGGAGUGUGUGGCCUUACCCUUUUCCAGAGGAUCUUUCCAUCCCAGGGAUCGAACCCAGGUCUCCUGCAUUGCAGGCAGAUUCUUUACCAGCUGAGCCGCCAGGGGCUGGGGAACCUAUGGCAAGAGGUCUGGGUCCUGCUCCUGACUGCCGCUGCAGGAAAGGGGACAUUCAACCAUCUGCACUUCCUUCUGGCCUGAGGGAUGGGACUCUGUCCUUCCGAUGCAAGUCCUUACAGUGCUGGGUCUCUGUGUGCUAG